AAUCUGCAACACAACGUAAACGAAGGCUUCAAAAAGCGAAAGAAAAGUAUAAAGCAAAACGAGCUAAAGAAAGUGAAGGUGAUAGAAAUAGUCGAUUACAGAAACGACGGGAACAAUUAGCGUCAAAAACACCUGAGCAAUAUGAGGCCAGGUUAAAAAAGCAACGUCAGCGAUAUACACAGAUGAUAGCGUCAGAAACGCCUGAAGAAUAUGAAGCCAGGUUAACAAAGCAACGUGAGCGAUACACACAGAUGAUAGCGUCAGAAACGCCUGAAGAAUAUGAAGCCAGGUUAACAAAACAACGGGAGCGAUACACACAGAUGAUAGGGUCAGAAACGCCUGAAGAAUAUGAAGCCAGGUUAACAAAACAACGGGAGCGAUAUACACACAUGGUAGCGUCAGAAACGCCUGAAGAAUAUGAAGUUAGAUUAAUACAAAGCCGUGAAAGACAAAGACAGCAGUUGAGUUCAGAAACGCCUGAACAUCGCGAUACGAGUCCUGCUUUGCUAAAAAUGUGGAAAGCCAAUAUGGAUAUACAACCGUGUGGUACAAAUGAGUUGAUUGCGUAUUACAUCGCUAAAUACGUGUCAAAAUCAGAACCUACAAACCUAGAUGGUGAAAUAUCUCGAGCUAUUCAACAAAUUAGAAGAGAAGAAACUGACGUCUCGCGUAAGUUGUUUAAAAUAUGCAUGCGCAUAUUAAGAGAACGUCAAGUUUCAGCCUGCGAAUGCGUAUUCAGGCUAUGCCAUUUGAGUAUGCGUGACAGCUCGAGAAAAACAAUUUUUGUCAAUACUCGUAAAGCGGAACAAAGGUAUAAAGUGUUGAAGUUUAAUGAAGCUGGUCAAGCAGCAGGAUAUUGUGCCAAUAUUUUCGAACGAUAUGAAAAGCGACCAGCAGAGCAUCCCAUCUAUGAUUUUUACAAUAUGUGUCUCAUAGAAUUUGCGAUGUUAUUUGAGCCACACUACACAAAACCGCCAGUUAUAAAUAAAGAGAGCAUCGAUACCGAUGCUUAUGCACCGCACGAGCAAACAACAAGAAGGCGUCUUAUAACUUUAACAGACAACACCAAAAUGACUAUUAGAAACACGCCAGCUGUAGUACGGGCACCUAACUUCGUAGCAGCUUCUGAUCCAGAGUCAUAUUAUUACAGUUUACUAAUCCAGUAUAUGCCGUAUCGCAAUGAGGCCGAACUUUUAGGAGAGUUUAAUAGUGCCAGAGAUGCGUUUCUCGCCAACGAAGAAAGUUUAAGACAAACAAACGCCUACUUGGAAAUAUAUCGUGAACGUGACAGGCAGCUUGAAAAUGCAUUCGCGCAAGUACACGCAUUUCAGAUAUUGGAACACGCAGAGCCGAUGGAACUAGACCAUGAAGAAGAAGUUCCUUAUUUGCCAAUGAAUGAAGACCAGUUCUUACAGGCUAAGCAGUCUAUGAAUGCAGGACAAAAGGAAAUUUUUAGAUUAGUUACCCAGUCCAUACAAAAUCAAAUGUCAGGUGCUAAAGAGCGUUUAAAAAUAUUCUUUACAGGAGGAGCUGGUGUGGGCAAGACUUUUCUAUUAAAGUUAUUACGAGACCAAAUUAAUAGGUGCUACGCAAAGGAUGCGGUUAAAGUCUGCUCACUAACAGGAGUUGCAGCUAGAUUAAUAAAUGGAGCUACGAUACACAGUACUUUAAAAUUGCCUGUACAGAAAGACGGUCGCAUAACAGGUAUGUCACCACUGUCCGGAAACUAUUUGCGAAUAAUGAGGCAACAAUGGCAUCAGACAGAAUUUUUGAUUGUCGACGAGAUUUCCAUGGUGUCUUAUCAAAUGUUAUGCAUGAUGGACGCUCGAUUAAGGCAAAUUAAGAACUGUGAAAAUGAGUUUUUUGGAGGAGUAAACGUAUUACUUUUCGGUGAUCUUUUACAACUGUCUCCUAUAAAACGAUCAGGAACACCUGUUUUCAAACAGCCAGAACAUCUCCAACCAGCUACACAUCUCUGGCGUUUAUUCACGCUGUGUGAAUUAACUGAAAAUAUGCGUCAGCAAGGUGACCAGACUUUUAUUGAUAUUUUGAAUGCUUUGAGAGUCGGUGAGCUAACAACCAACAUUUUAGUAUUUUAA